AUAGUGAGGAUGAGUGACAGUGAGAUCAUGAGAUGAUGAGAUGUCAAUUGAAGACAAUUCUCAAUCUCAAACGUCAAAUAAUUCAAUUUGUCAAGCUUGUCCUCAAUUUGAAAUGCUUCUUGAAAAUGUUUUCCCACUACAAUAAAUAAAAAAUAAUGCCUUGGAUAAUAACUGAAAACGACGAACAUUUUGCAGCUGCUCCGCGUUGAAAGGCGUAGUUAAAAUGUUGCGAUGUGUGAUUUUUGUGUUUUUAACUAUAUUCAAAGUAGCGCUUAGUUUUUCGGACGUCGGAAAUUGGAUUUUACCUCUAAACGGGCUAAGUUGUAAUUUUACAUUAGCCAAGUCACUAUUUAAAGAGUCACAGUUAAUAAUUGCAUUGGGUUGUGAUGUCACAGUACCAACAAACAUAACAAUUGCGUACACAUGGGGACCUACUCCAUGUUCACCAGACUAUUUUCACUAUUUCGAAAAGCGAAUAGUGGAUUGCUCCGACACUCUAGAAAGUGCAGCAUACGACACUAACAACAACCCAGAGCUCACUGUGGAGACAUAUCUAUGCAAUGGCAAAGAUAUUUUGUACUUACACAUUGACAAGGACAAGUCACCCAAAGGCAAGAAAGAUGAGAAUGACGUGCAGCCAAGAGCGCCUCUUCGUACAGUGGAUAAAGAAGGCAUAUAUGAACUGUGGAUGUCAGCACAAAGCGAUAAGAAAUUUCAAGCCACACUGCAUGUUGAAAUGGUUGCCCCUUCAGGAUACCUCUCAGCCGCCAUAUGGCCACUUUUACCGUUCUUCAACGUGAUGUGCGGAGUGUACACCGUGCUGAGCGCGGUGUGGUUAGCGGUGUGCGCGCUGCAGUGGCGAGACCUGCUGCGCAUCCAGUACUGGAUCGGAGGUGUGGCGCUGCUGGGCAUGAUCGAGAGCGCCACCUAUUAUGGCGUCUAUUCUUCCAUUAACAAGGAUGGGUUCUUCAGUUCCGAAAUAUACAUGUUCGCGGAAUGGAUGUCAGUAGCUAAGCGGGCGCUCGCGAGGAUGUUGGUCAUCAUUGUCUCGCUGGGAUUUGGUAUCGUCAAGCCUCGCCUCGGCCCGGCGUUACAACGGGUGGUGGGCACAGGACUCUUAUGGGGCCUGCUAGCGGCCAUCGAGUCCUGGCUGAGGCUUCACCACAAGGCGGAGGACUCGAACAGGGACUUGUUGCUGUCGGAGGCGCCACUGUCGCUGUUGGACAGCGCCAUCUGUUGGUGGGUGUUCGUGUCACUCGCGCACACCAUGAGGACGUUACAACUGAGAAGGAACACGAUAAAGCUGUCUUUGUACCGGCACUUCACUAACACGCUGAUAUUCGCUGUGAUCGCGUCCGUUAUAUUCAUGGUGUACUCGCUCAAGUCUUACCGGAUCAUGUAUUGCAUCACGGAGUGGAAGGACGUGUGGGUGGACGAGGCGUACUGGCACAUCCUGUUCGCGGGCGUGCUUGCCGUCAUCAUGGUGCUGUGGCGGCCCACCAACAACAACCAGCGCUACGCCUUCACGCCGCUGCUCGACAACGCCGAGGAUGACGACGAAGAGGAGGAACAAUUCGUCAACAACGCGUAUGGGGUCAAAAUGCGUUCGACCAACAUCGAGAGUCCAGACACACAAAGGGAACCAGAACAAAACACCAACACCCUGGACUCUGACCUUCGUUGGGUUGAAGAGAACAUCCCCACCAGUUCCCUACCACUACUGGAUUCAGAUGAGGAAAUCAUUAACACAAAGUUCGAAGUCUCCAAAAUGCAGUAAUUGAGAUUGUUUAAAGUAAAAAUGAAUUCCCUUCCACCAUUUGCAAUACAUACAAAGUAAAUACACGGACAGACUAAUAAAUUGGAUGUAUGGAUUCAUUGUUAAUUAUAGGAUGGUGCGGUCAACAUGUAUAGUUCGACUUUUUUUUUUGACUACAAUCUCACCAGAUGGUGAGUGAUGAUGCGAUCUAAGAUGGAAGCGGGCUAACUUGUUAGGAGGAGGGUGAAAAUCCACACUCCUUUCGGUUUCUACACGGCAUCGUACCGGAACGCUAAAUCGCUUGGCGGUAUGUCUUUGACGGUAGGGUUGUAUUAAUAAACGCCGUGCUAGUUUCGCCGCCCUGCCAUUUAUAAGUCCAAUACAAGAAGCCCCUUAACAAUAUUAAAAAUGACCUCAAGCUAAUUCAUAUGGUAGCAAAAAAAAAAUUAUGAAAAAUAAACAUCCUGUUUAAUUAUGUUUCGUAAGUAUGAAGUCAUUGUACUAGUUUAGGCUAUGCCCGCCAUUGACGAUCAAUUAUUCUCACGUUUCUGCAGCACCCACGAGUAUAACUGAUCGUGUAUUGGUCGCUGCGUGCAUUACGACUCGACUUAUGAAACGUCUUCGCUGCAGAAACGUGGGAAUAAUUGACCGUCAAUGGCUGACUUUAAAGUGAAUGACCUCUGGUGUUUGAAAAUGCAGGAUGUUUUAAAAUGAAUAUUGUUACAAUCGUACUUUGUUUUUUGGAGUUUACUUAAGAAUCGAUUAUGUCGUUAAUCAGAAUGAAAAAAAAAUGGGCAAUAAAAUUUUAUGAACAAAUGACAGCGAUACGUUUUUGUGCGCAACCUAUUUUGCGCACUUUUCACCGUGUGCUGCCGACAGCGUGCACAUGCGUGCGCCGCGGCCUGCUGCACCUCGGUUGCGCACCUUUCACUUAUCAGUCCAUUCGUGCGUCGGAGCUGACGCACACUUUUUUAUAUAUAAUAACACUUAGGGAUAAUAUACAUUGGGUACAAUAAGUUGGAUUUUGGUUUAAGACAAAGGCAACUUCACGAUGUAUAUGUAUGUAUGAUUGUAUGGUAAAAUGUAUGAAAAAUGACAAAUAAUCAAUAAUCAUAAUUCAUAAUUGAUUAAAGUACCCUCAUAAUGUACUUCAUUAUGUAAUAUGUAUGUGACACAGUACAAUUACAGAUUCGCCAAUACUUUGACAUAAAAUACUUUUAUAGUUUUAGUGAAUUAAGUUAAUUUUGUAAAUAUUAAACUUAGUGAUUGCAAUUAUCUAUAACACAGUUGUUUGUAAUUACUCUUUACUACUUACUUACUAUUACCUGGCUGGUUACAAUCUAAAUAAAUAUAUAAAAGCGAAAGGAACACAUCACGAUAUCUAGAAAACCGCUGGACGUACAAAGUUGAAAUUUGGUAGGGACGUAGUUUAUAGUUGGUAGACGUCCGCUAAGAAUGGAUUUUGGGAGGGCCAUAUUAAGGAGGUCUAAAAGCGAACGAAGUCAGGGCCAACCGCUAGUAGGUCAGAUGAAAUGUGUAAUUAGUUACGUCAAACUUUUUGUCACUGGCACUUGCUACUCGCACCAUCCUACAACGAACACUAUUAGAGUGCGUGCAAGGUAAGCUGCGCGCGACAAUUAUGUUAGCGUUAGUGAUCUCUUUUACCCGCCAAGAAAUGGAUAGAGAUAGACGAUAAAAUGGUGGCAAUUUUGAUUAGUUCCGAUUUUGGCCACGCGCAAACUUAUCGUGCGCUCACUCUAUAGUCUGGCAAGUUCGUUGAUGACACUACUAUGAUAUGCGAGCGACGGGGGGAAAAACUGCGCGGGUGUGAAAUGGCGUGCGGGGAAUUGAGGUACGUCAGUCGUGGGUUUUCAUUCAUCGCUACACGUCCCUCGGCCCGCGCGCAACAUCGGUUAGUGUUAUGAACGAAGUUGCCAAGCUAUAUCCAGACUAUUAAUUGACAUAUAAGUGCAAAUGACAUACAUAUAAACAUAGCUGGGCACCGUUAAUAAAAUAGUUAACUUCGUUAAUCGUUAAUCCGCUACCAAAAAAAGUUAGCUUCGUUAAACGUUAAAGCGUUACAUUCCGGAAGAAUUAACGCAAGUUAACGUUAAUCCGUUAAUAUGACUGUAAUACUACAUUUUUAUAUCAAUGUGUGAGAUCACCAUUGAAAAAUAAGGAUGAGCACUGGGGAAAAGUGCCAUAAUUUGUUUUUAGUUGAUUUUAUCUAUAUUUCACAUAAAUAUAGUAAUUUGUUGAUUUCUUUGAAAAAAAAAUCAGUCAUCAUUUCUCACUUGUCUGAAUCUGCUUUUCGCGUUGCGCGGUAAAUAGUAGGCAUUGAAAUAACGAUUAACGGACUUCUGUAUAUUAACGGAAGUUAACGUGUCCGUUAACAUUUAUAAAAGUUAACUUAAAAGUUAAUCCGUUACUCAAAAUGUUAACUUCGUUAAUUAACGAUUAACGGAUUAACGAGUUAAUGCUCAGCUAUGCAUAUAAAGAAUAUUGGUAUGUGUAUUGGUCAUUGGGGCCUCGAACAAAAUAUUUAUUUAUGAUCAUAUUGCUCAAAUUUUGUGUAUAUGUAAUGUAAUAUUCAUGGUGAAAUAAUAUGAAAGUUUUAAAUUAUUAGGCUCAGCACGUUACAGAAGCAAAUAAAUGACGAAAAUUCCUUUAUUGUAUAUUAAACCAAAAAAUAAAUAUUUUUUUCCUGUUCCCAUUGACGAAAGAAAUACGGACUUGUAUUUCUUCUCACAGAAUUCAAACCGCAGUUUCGUGUAGGGACGUUCAAUUUUAGAUUAAACUGUCUCUGCCUAGUGUUGUGUAUUAUAUUAAUUUAUGUCACUGUGAUUAUGCGUUUUAUUUAAUAAAGUUAAUGUUUCGUACGCUUACAGUA